AUGGACUUCGCGGCUCUCAUGAACAAAGAGCUAUCCAAGUCCAAAUCCUCCAAAUCCUCCGCCUCCGACGAGAAGAAAUACCUCAAGCGCUCCGAAAUAGAAGCCGAACGCAGAGCCACCUACCUAGCCGAGCAAAAGGCCCUCGAAGCUGAACGCGCUUCCAAGGCCGAAGCGAAGCGCAAGCGCGAGGAGGAAGUCGCCGAAGAAAACGCUCUUCGCGAGGACAAGCGCCGCAAGCUCGCCGAAGAAUCGCGCAAGAGACAACAAGAGAAGGAAUUCGAAGAAGAGCAGGCUAGGAGGAAGAGGCUCGGCCUACCGGAGCUCGUCAAGGGCGAUGAAAACGGUGACGAGAAGAACGGCGACGCGGCAGACGAUAUUCCGGAUGACGAGCUGAUUGAGAAGCUGAGAGCGCUGGGACACCCGGCGAUAUUAUUUGGGGAAUCACAUGCGGCACGGCUGAGACGGCAUAAGAAGCUCACUACGGUGCUGACAAAGGGGCCUAUACCAACGACGCUGCAGCUGGUGGAGGAGAAGGACAUGAAGGUCGAUGGCACGCUGCCAAAGGACAAGGAGGGCCGCCAGUGGCUGUACAGGCAGCUGGCCAGCUACUUUACCAUGGUGCUCACGGCAUACGAAAAGGCAAUGGAGGAAGAGAGGCGAGAGACGAGCAACAGCAAAAUGGCCUAUAGCGCCAUGGUCCAAACACGCGAAAACAUGAAGCCAGUGCGUAGCUUUUCUUUUCCCCUACAAUUCAUUCUCACUGCAGCACCAUGCUAA